AUGAUUGGGCUUAGAAGGGUGUCAAGGGUGUUGUUGUUGAGGCGGCUAUCGGCGUAUAGACUACUAUCGACCAAAGUGAAAGAAGUUGAGUCAUCGACAAACUCAAACCAUGCUAUCUCGAUGCGACAAUUACUAUAUACAACAGACGAGACAUCGCCAGGGUCGAUAUUCUUCUUGCCUCACGGCACGCGAGUGUUGAACAAACUCAUUCAGUUUAUGAAGAAUCAGCAGAUUAAGUACGGGUUUCAAGAGGUGGUGACGCCGUUGAUCUUUAAAACGAAAUUGUGGAAGAAAUCGGGACAUUGGGACAACUACAAGGAGGAUAUGUUCAAAGUGGUGGGGAAUGACGCCUCGAAAGACGAAGUUGCACAUUCACACGAGGAGCACGAGUACGGAUUGAAGCCCAUGAACUGUCCCGGUCAUUGCAUGAUCUUUGCCAAGUUCAACAGAACCUACAACGAGCUUCCAGUGCGGUACUCCGAUUUCAGCUCCUUGCACAGAAACGAAGCGAGUGGCGCGUUGAGCGGAUUGACCCGUGUGCGUAGGUUCCAUCAGGACGACGGGCACAUUUUCUGCGACAUGACCCAUAUAGAUCAAGAGAUUGAAAACACAAUCAACCUCAUCAAGGACACAUAUGCGGUGUUUGGCAUCAGCAAUAUCGAAUAUUACUUGUCGACGAGACCCGAGGAGAAAUUCAUUGGAGAUAUAGAAACUUGGGACGCGGCUGAGCUGAAACUAAAGCAAGUCUUGGACUCGUCAGCGGGCAAGGGGAACUGGGAGGUGCGCGAAGGCGAUGGUGCUUUUUACGGCCCCAAGAUUGACGUUCUCUUGACGGAUGCGUUUGAAAAGAAACACCAAGUUGCCACUAUUCAGCUCGACUUUCAGUUACCGAAAAGGUUUGAUCUAAAGUAUGUGUCGGCGGAUGGCUCCAUCGAUAAACAACCAAUCUUGAUCCACAGAGCAGUGUUUGGAUCGCUUGAAAGAUUCUUUGCUAUAUUGCUCGACCAUUUCCAAGGUAAAUGGCCCUUUUGGAUCAAUCCAAGACAAGCUAUUGUGAUUCCAGUCAAUGAGACCCACAUUGGCAAAGCAGAGGAGUUGCAGAGAAAAUUAUGCGGCGAUAUCAUAAACCACGAGCAAGCAGUUUCCCCCUUGACCGGAUUCAAUUUCCACGUUGACAUAGACAAGCGGCCCGCGACAAUAGGUGCAAGGACCAAAGAGGCGAUUCAAAAGGGCUAUUCGUACAUUAUCUUGUUGGGAGAUAAGGACAUUGCCAACGGCACCUACGCUGUCAGAACUCGCGAUGACCGCACAAUAACAAGCAUGACGAGCGACGAAAUCUAUCAAAUGUUUAUAGACUUAGAGAGAGCGUAUAAAUAG